AUGUCGUUCUCAGAUGAGGCCCUCAAGGCCAAGCUAUCGACCCUGAACGAGACCCAAGAUUCCAUCGUGUCGGUGUCACAAUGGAUCAUGUUUCAUAAACGCCACGCCGACCGUAUAGCUAACUACUGGCUCACUCGGCUCCGCGACGCUCCACCACCCAAACGCCUCAACUUCAUCUACCUCGUCAACGACAUUGUCCAAAAUGCCCGGGCGCGCAAACGAUCCGAGUUCCCCGACGCUUUCUCUCCGCUGAUGGCCGAGGCGAUUCAGACGGCGUAUCGAUCGUCACCGCCGGAGAUUCAAGCCAAGAUCCGCCGCGUGGUCGAAGUCUGGCGGACGAGGAAUGUCUUCGAGGUGCCCAUUCUCGACGCCAUCGAAGCGCGCAUGGACGAGAUCGACAAGUCCAAGGGGGGCGGAGGGAAGAAGAAGACCCUGAUGGGACAAAGCCUGUUCGGGUCUUCGAGCAGCACGGGCGGCGGCUUGCCCAAGGAAUUGGAGACGUUGGCGCCCUUGCAGAUCGAAGUCACGAAGCAGACCAUCGCCGCCAGGCCGGCCAUCGACGCCGCGCAGAACGAGUACAUGAAGCUGAACGAGCCGGGCGCCGUGUUGCCCAGCCCGCCCGUCCAUGCCGCCCGGCUGUCCAGCUUGAUCAAGUCGCUUGCCGCGGCGGAGAGCUCUGUUUCGGCGAGUAUCAAGGCGCGGAAGGCGCUGAUCGCGGACCUCGAACGCAUUCUGGAGAUCAACAAGUCGGCCCUGGCCAAGGACGACGAAACCUACUUGACGCUCGACAGCCGCAAGGCCAGCACCGAGGCCAAGAAGCGGGAAGUCGAGGACGCCAUUAUCCGCGGCCUGACAUCAGCAGAAGCUUCCUCCGCCACGAGCACCAUCACUAUCGGCCCGGACGCAGGGACACACACAACGCCUCCUGGUCCUGGCCCUGAGACUGACACGGACAAUGCCCCCCACUCAACGAGCACCGGCGCCUUCCUCUCUGAGCGACCCGAGAUUGAGCAACUCACCGACGACGAAGGCGACUAUAACAACAAUACCAACACCUCCCCCACGACCGGCAUGUUCGAUCAAGACCCUCCAGCUCCGGCUCCGGCUCCGGCAUCCGCACCGACGUCAGCGCCUUCCACAACCCCUCCGCCUGUGCGCAACCCGGCCCUCGCCGCCGCUUUGGCCGAGUUUUCUGCCUCCUCCGGCGCGGGCCUCCCCCUCGGCCUGGACGCAGAUUACUCCGCGUUCCUGCCUAGCGCGGGUCAUACGCAUCCGCAUCCGCACACGCACACCCGCCCACGGACGACCAGCAACGGGCUCCCCGGCGCCAAGCGACGCAAAACCUCCCACGGCGCCGAAGACGAACAAGUCCCGGAUCUGGGCGAGAUGGGCAUCGAAGGCAUCGGGCUGCCGGGUCUAGCUGCCCAGCAGGAACAGGGCCAGCGGCAGGGAAGGGACGUCCUGGCCACUUUGGACGAUGACGUCGACGAGCUGAUCCGGCAAGAGGGCGGGAUGUAG